GCUCAGGCCGAUCGGCCAAGGGAUUCCUCCCAGCUCGGCCGAACUUUUGACUUCCUCCCAGCUCGGCCGGACCUUUGACUCUUCCGUGUCAUUGAUCCCUUCCUCUGUGGGCCCCCGUUACUUACCACCAGAUCAAAUAUAAUUUCACAUCAGGUCAACAUGCUAGGAUCAAACUAUUGACAAAAACUAGACUUGAGGCCAACAAGCCAUGGUCUUCGAUCACCCAGAUUGUGUUAUUCACAAAAAGAUCGAGGGGCUUCACGCGAUUUCACGUCAACCCCUCGAACCAGAUUCAGUCUCAGCCAUUCGUAAUUUGAACGGUUGGAACUAAAUCUGUCAAAUCGUGCAGAUUGUAAGAGCUAGGCGGCUUCAUGCGAGUUGGCCCCUUCAUUCUAGUUUGUUCGGAUGUGAUGGUUCUUGUUCCUUAUUUCUCAUGUCGAUUUCUAAUUACUUUCCUUCGUUCCUCUCCUAACUGCUAUUUCUUCCUGUCUCACCGUGUACGCAAUCUCAAAUAGCUUCUCAAUGGCAUGCCCACCACGCCUCGCGCUAACCAUCUAACGACAGCAGAUGAUGAACAUGAGAUCCUCCGAGUCACUAGUCGCCAGGACAACAAUUCCCCCAGCAAAACAAGACUACUCGCGCAACUCGACCAGCUGGAAGUUGCGGUGCUUGUUUGGGGAUUGCAUGAGAGCCGCGAAGAAGACGGCGCGGAAGUGCUUGAGCUUCCUGGUCCCCUCGUCGACGACGUCGGCGAAGGAUUCCGCCAGGAGUAGCAGUAGUGCUUCCAGUAUUUAUUCCUCAAAUAUGCAGUGGUGUCGUGCCAACGCCGACAUCUCAAUCUACGACGCAAUUCUUCACUGCAAGAAGUCAAUCGGACGGAUUUAAAGGUCAUUGAAUCUGUGAA